UAUAAGCGCCGACUGAGCCUUACCUUUUGAUAGUCAGAACACACAAACUUAACAGUUUUAGCUUUUGCCAUACCGUUGCUCUAAGAUGACGCAACAACAUCCAUUACCUAAUACGACACGAAUAGAAUCAUCCCUUCUUCUCGAUUUCGCUCUUGUCUUCUUUGCGUGAUGUACAAGCUGAGCAAUCUUAUGUGCAGUAGAAAGAAAGAAGCGAUGCAUGAACUUGAGUCGUCAAUAUUGUAUAUCAUCAAUUAAAGUUGGUAUUGUAGAAGAUCGGAACCAGUGUAUCAAUAAGUCGCAGAGCAAAACAAGCAAACAGAAAGAAAAGAGAGCGAGACGCAGCAAUCAUGAUACCAACUAGCCUGCCGCUUCCUCAGUCACCCUCUGUUCGUGGUGAUCAACACGGUCUUGCGGAACAAUGGCAUGCAAUGAUGUUUCAUGUCGAAGAUGUUGGCAGCAGCAAUUACGAUCAGGAAGGGACUACUGUAUCGAGCCUGACAAACACAACCAGAGGAUACCAACAUCCGGAAGAAGAGCGGCAGCUCCAAUCGGAGUAUAAUAUUCAUCGCUAUGAUAAUUUCAGUGACACUCAUCGGAAACCAAAAAGCGAACGGUCUGAAGACAGGAACGCACAACGCAGGGAGCUACCCGAUCAUUUUCAAAGCAAAGUCUACAAAAACCAAAGCAACAGUUAUUCGUCGCGGAAGCCACAACAAGCUGAUUGGCAUCCUCGUCAACAGAACUCUCUGAGGCGUCAAAACGAUGUUCACCCCCUAAGGGCCACCAGGGGUGGGACCAGGGGUGGGAACAACUAUUCGAAGAUUCACAACAACGGCUACAGCAGGAACAAAACGAAAUCCGAUUUCUUAGACGGAAUUAUCGAGAAUUUAUCGAAUCUAUCAAAUAACAACGAUGGAAAAUCGAAAUCAAUCAUGGAGAAUUCAAAGAACGGUUGGUCCAUUCAUGAAUCGCAGAGAAGAUCACAGGAACGAGAAAGCCGAAAGCUUGCUGGUACAUUCGGCACCAAUACCAAUACUAAUAUCAACAAUUGGAAAAAACGGGAAGACAAUACCUACGACCAACGCGGACGGAAUUUAAAUUCUCAGAUACCAAAUAAUAACGGAAUGAGAAUUGACAUGAGUGGUGGAUACAUUAGAAGAGAAUCGCCACACAAAGUUGAGAGAAGAGAGAACCCACCCUCGAUGUCAAAAUUUGGUGCGUAUUAUUCCGAUCAGAAUAGGACCCGACGAUAUGAUCUGAAUGUUGAUGUCGCUACCCGAGAAACAAAUCUGGGCCGAAACCAAAGAUCUCAAUCCUUGAGUCUCGAUAAGUCUCUACUGGAUGAUCAAAUGUCACCAGAAAGCUACUUGUCGCCCGAGCGGAAAACGAUUUCCCACAAGUCGGCCACCAUAGAUGGGAUUGAAUCGUCAUUAGCACAGCCCCGACCACCUUUGAGAACACCCGAGACAGUGAGAAGCAUGCCGAACAGAUCUCCGAACAGAAUCUCACAUGAAACAGACAAGUAUGCAGCAACGGGCCCAAGAUUGUUGAAAAAGAAAAGGUCGAUACUGAAGGAGCAGAAUUCGCCCCCGCCCUACCUCUCUCCUAAAAAUUUCGUUCCUAAAAAUUGUGGACCUGUAAACGGAGAGAGUCCGCUCAACGCAGUCGUAGAUCUUUUUGACGCUCCAAUGAGAAUGCAUAUCAGGCAAAGUCCGCAACAUCCCACAAGGGAUCGUUCUCAUCAGAGAUCAGGUUUGGAAAAACAAAAUCAUAACCCCAACAACGUGAUUCCAUUGGCUCGGCAAAACAACGAGAUUCCUAGACAGCGAUCGGAACACUCCCAAGGAUCAAAAGAUACUUGGUCGGAGUUUUCUUUGCAAGGGACAGAGAACACACCGGGUAGCUCGUUGCAACCGUCCGCGUUGCAUUCCAAGAGCACAAAUAGCAAACUUCCGAAGACCGAAGCCCAAAAGAGGUACGAGUUGCAAAUGCUGCGGGGGAUUUACAAAGAUUCAUUGGAAGAGAAAAAUUACAGGCCCGGAUCCAUGGAUAGCCAACGAAUGUCAUUCGAUCAGUCGCGCAAUUCCAACAAGGACAGUACGUAUAGCAUCGACGGGCAGUCAGUUCCAGGUGGUAGUAGACAACCAACAUUAAAGAGCGAAAACGAUCACGAGACGGCAGCUGAAUUUACCAUUCAUCAAGCCAUUUGGGGAUCGAAUUCGUCCGACUCAAAGGGAACGAGUGCCCAAUCCCGUCCUCCUAAUAGGGAUGUACGAAUAUCGGUAACCAGCAAUCCUCCAACUCAAGCAAUCGUUGCGACAAACAUUUCUACUCCCAAUCUAGGUUCCCUGGCAAAAUCCGUCAUGAUGAGCCCGUCUCCUCUUAGCACUAUUAGUAAAGCAAAGGUUGACGAUUUUCUGAAAAGUCAAUUUCCGAGUUGCAACGGCGAGGGGAUAGACAGCCCUCCAAAGAUUUCAAAACUAUUCACGCAAACACCUUCGAAGGAGAUGGCAGAUGGGAAAGAAAAGGAUGCAGUUCAGUCGUCAUCACUGAACAUGUUUGAGGCUAUACAACAACAGCUUCUUGGCAGAACGCCGAUUGAUUCAUCAGGAUUUCCGACCAAAAAUCCUGACGACAAUGAAGUGACUGAGCAAGAACAUCGUAUUCAAGAGAAACUCGAUGCCGUUCGAGAUCGAAGUAUUCGAAAUGCUCAGAUAUUCGAGAAGAUGACGAGCGAAAACAAAAGUCAAAAUAUUCAGGAGAAUCAUUUUUCGUUUGCAUGCGUUCAAGAUGACAAUACGGAUGUUUUUGAUAACAUCACAAAUGUUGGAGAUGGGACUGAUGGUGAUGUACAAACCACAUCAAGCAACAGUACUAAUUUGAAACUCACUAGUAGUUCAGGGUUAGUCACGGAGGCUACGAUUGGCACCAAUGAAACAGAUGUCAAGGGCUACAUGUAUGUAGCAUACUCCCAAUUUGGAGAUGACGCUCGAAAGGUUGUAAAACUAUGUGGGCAUGAUUCUCUGCCUGUUCCAAAUCGUAAAAAGGGUGAAGUCUUAAUCCGCAUUCAUGCAUCAACUGUAUCAGAUUCUGACUGUGCGAUUCGACGAGGAGAAUGGCCGAAAAUCUCGAUCGAUCCGUACAUAAUUCCUGGUACUGCAUUGGUAGGAAGAGUUAUGGAGAAUGGAAAGAAGAAAACACGUACCCGCAGUUCUUUCUUAUCUUCGUCAAUUGAAGCCGGUGACAUUGUAUUAUCACUAUCUACUUUUGGAGCCAAUGCACGGUUUACAUGUUUACCGAAAAGCAGUUUGAUUAAGGUUCCUUCAAAAUUAAACCCUGAGCGGGUAGUCUGUUUGGCCGAGACCUACCUAGCAGCAUUCCAAUCGCUUCACCUAGGUCAAAAAGGAGGAAUACGUUAUCGUGAAAAUUCCCUGCAGGGGAAAUCGAUUUUAAUCAUGGGCGGAUACUCUCCCUUUGGGAAAGCUAUCAUUGAACUUUGUCGAGCUGGCGGCGCUUCGUUAUGUUAUGCUUUGAUAAGCGACGAUCCAAAGACUCAAAAUAGCUCAUCGUCUAGAAAUCUUCGUCACCAAUACAAUUGCUUGGAGGAGUGGGGAGCUGUACCCCUAUCUAACAAUCCCCAGGAUUGGUUAACACUGAUCGGACGGCAGAUUGAUAUCUUUGUGACAACGUAUGAUCCUAAUCAACACGCAAAGGGGAUGAAUAAUAUAACAACUGACCAUUGGAAAGCAUUGAAAAAGGAUGGAGAAGUCCAUGUGGUGUGUUCCCAUCCAGGUAUGAACGAGGCCGACCAACGAAAUAUGGUUUUCGGAUCCUCAUCAACUAACAAAUCAAACGAUAUGAAGGGAUUCCGCGUUCCCUCCUGUCGACCGGGAGGACGCGAAAAGCUGGCCGAUCGAGCUCAUUACUACAAUCUCUUUGAUUCAUGGGAGGGAGAUAGAGGCGCUAGGGCAAUGGGGAAGAAAGAUCUAGAGCACUUGAUCAAACUGUUGGAGAUUGACCUGCUUCAUCCCGAAAUUGCAGGGCGAUUUCCCUUGUCAAAAAUUGCCAAAGCACAGCACAACCUUCAGUUGGGGAAGCUCGCUGGUCAUGGGCAUUUGGUAUGCUCCCCAUGGUUCAUAGAAAAGACAAACGUCGAACAGGAAAAUGGACGAAAGAAACCGGAUCUACAUAUUCUUGUUUAGGAAUGUGCUUGCAUAACCAAAAAGAACAAAUAGCUUCGCAGUCUACCUGACGUAUGCAGUUCUAAGGAGUCGUAACAAUCUUCAAAAUCCGACGAAGUGCAAAUAGGUGGAGAGAGGGUACGAUCUUGACAGUCUUCAACGAUCAUAUUGAUACACAUAUUUUUAUGGGGGGAAGGGGAGUUCACUGCACUGUGCCUAGAUAUCAAAAUACGAUCAAAAACUAUUAUUAUGGGACUAUUUCUAUUAUUAUUUCCAAAAAGCGCAAGAAACUUCGUGUCAUAGAGGAAGUCAGUUGAGGGACAUGACUUUUGUUUUAAGUUUGCACUAUAGGAAUCAGGCUAGCGCAGUACUAUUUUUAGUAUUACCAGGAUUAUUUUUCCUCCCAAUUAUAUCUACUACUAUUUCUGCUGCCAUUAUUGAUGCUAUUCAUAGUCUUGGUAGGAAGAUGAUAAAGAAUAAUUUUAGCA